GUUGGAGGUAGACUGUAGCCAGCAGCAUGAUUCUACUCACACUUGGACUAUAUUUUCCACUCCUCUGCUAUGUGUCGUCAUUUUCGUACGUGGAUAACAUUUUUCCUGUACCAACAGAUUUCCAGUUGCUGGAAACCAGAAAGAAAUUCAACCCCUGCUGUUUACUGAGUCCACCUCCGCCCCCUCUCUUCCCCCCACCCCCUUCACUGUGGUGGUGGACACCUCUGAAUGAUAAUGGCAUUAAACCAAAUGAAGGGAACUCAGAAGAAAUGCACAAUCCUACAAGCCAAACAUGUUCCCCGGGGCCCCCAGGAACAGCAGGACCUCCUGGCCCUCCAGGUCCUCCUGGACUGCCGGGACCAAAGGGACCAAAGGGAGAUAAGGGUGAAAUUGGAAGACCUGGACAAAAGGGACGCACUGGCCCUCCUGGCCUCCCAGGGCGACAGGGACCAAGCGGAUGGCAAGGACCAGCUGGACCCAAAGGAGAGAAAGGUGACCCUGGGCUGAUGGGCAUGCCUGGGGCAAGAGGACCAAUUGGACCCAAGGGGCUACCUGGAUAUAAGGGUGAAAAAGGCUCACAAGGUUUCAGAGGGGAAAUUGGCUUAAAAGGUGACAGGGGAUCAAUGGGUCUUCCUGGAAUGCUUGGCCAGAAGGGUGAAAUGGGCCCAAAAGGAGAACCCGGAAGCUCAGGGAACAGAGGACCCACUGGCCGUCCAGGAAAAAGAGGAAAGCAGGGUUCAAAAGGUGACAAUGGUGCAGUUGGGCCCAUGGGACCUGCAGGGCCUCAUGGGCCCCCUGGUCACCCUGGCCCUCCUGGAUUGCCUGCUUCAGGACUGUACAUGGUAGGACAGAAAGGGGAGAAGGGACAACCUGGCAGCUCAGGACGUUGCAGCUGCAAUGCCCCCUCGAGUGCCAACAAACCCUCCACUGAUCACCACUUGCUCUGGGGCAGCUAUCCCAGAGUACCAGCGAUAUUUGUGGUGAAUAAUGAACAGGAGCUGAACCGUCUCCAGACUGAUAACGCUCUGGCGUUCCGUAAAGAUCAGAGGUCACUUUACUUCAAAGACAUUGAUGGCUGGAUGCCAAUUCAGUUAACCCCCUUUCAGUUGAUGGAGCGUGAUCCUGACCAGGAGGGUUUCUGCGGAGACGGCGUCGUGCAAGUUGAGAACGGAGAGGAGUGUGAUGAUGGAAAUAAGGUGGUCACAGAUGGCUGUGUCAAGUGCAAACUUGCAUAUUGUGGGGAUGGCUAUCGCUAUGAAGAUGCAGAGGAGUGUGAUGGGAAGGACUUUGGCUUUCACACUUGCAGAUCAUUUUUGCCUGGAUCUUAUGGACAUCUCAAGUGCACAUCUGACUGUUUCAUUGACUCAACAAACUGCAAAUAUUUUACAUGAAGACACAAAAAGUAGUGUCACUUUUCAACUGGCAAGUCACGAGAUCCAUAUUAAUGACAACACUGAAAACCAUAGAUUCAGCAGACGAACUGAGCGUAGAUUAUCAACAGUAAUCAUCACUAGUAUAUUAUCUGAACACCUUUGUUGCCGAGUUGCCACGUUUCUCACUUGAGAAAGGAAUGCUCAGCAAAGCCAUGGUUCUCACACAGGACCUCUCGCUUGUGGUCUUAAGAACUCUAACAGGACUUCAGACAUCUUUCUCCAUUCAUUCAGCCUCUGCUACAUGGUGCUUGGCCCUGGUUUCAAAUCUGGCCACCAUGGUUGGCAGCACUAAGAGGAAAUAGGAGAGUUGCAUGUCUCUGGGAAGUAAAGGACUCCUCAUUACCUCAGCGUAGUACUGUUUCCAUUUUCUCCUGGUCCAUCACAUCUUCCCUCACACAGGGUGCUGUGUAUGAAUGCAAUGUGAUGUUUUUACUGUAGUACUUUGCAUGGGGCUGAAUUUGCAGUAGCUGUGUCAGCAGAACUUAUUACCAAGACAUUGACCAGAUCAAGACAAGAUUACGCAUGUUUUCAUUAAUUAAGCAAAACUGGUGCCAAAGAAAAACCUAAAAUCACCUCUGCUAAACUAGUCUAUCUGACAAGCUUAGACUAGCAUGAAGUUCCAUGCUAAUCCAGACUGGUUUCUGUUGGUUAGGGCUGGAUUGGUUCUGGUCUAGCUGGUGGACCAACAAACCAAAACUUAACUGGUGAUGGUGGUCAACCAGCAUAGUCAUUCUAAGUAAAAUGGUUGGUUAUGGAACUAUUGCUGGUUAAGCUAGUUAUGAAGCCUGCUGGGGAUCUACAUGCUGGUCCAUUCAGCAGGGACAGUAUUUGGACUAGAUUAACGCUGAUAUACUUACAGUUGAGUAGGCUCCAGUUUUUUUAAACAAACAAUACUACUGUAUAUUAAAGUUGCUUAAAAAAUGUUCCGGGUUCAAUACAAGUUAAGCGCAGCAUUUGUGGCAUUAAUUUGAUUACCAUAAAACAAUCUCGACCUGUGUAUUUUAAUUCAUAAAAAAUCUGGGUUACAGUGAGGCACUUACAAUGGAAGUGAAUGAGGCCAGUCCAUAAACAUUAAAAUGCACACGGUUUCAAAAGUAUCGCCACAAGACAUAAACAUUAUCCAUGCUAACUUGAUUUAAGUAAAAUAAAAUGGCUUACUAACUAUAUCUAUGUAAUGUUUUAUCCAAUAUUACAACUUUGUUGUCAUGACGAUGUAACCACAAUAAACCCUGUUAUCUGGUAAAUGUCCUAAUGCCAGUAAAUCACUGAUUUGAUCACAUUAAAAUCAUGGUAACACAUAUAAUGUUUAUGUCAUGUGGAUGUACACUCAUUGAGCACUUUAUUACGAACACCUAUUAUGGCUACUUAUUCAAGCAGUGCAAAGCAUAAGAUCAUGCAGAUACGGGCCAGGAGCUUCAGUUAAUGUUCACAUCAACCAGAUGAGAAAACAUUUAUUAUCGCAGUGAUUUCGACCAUGGCAUGAUUGUUGGAUCCAGACGGGGUGGUUUGAGUAUUUCUGUAACUGCUGGUCUACUGGGAUUUUCUAGAAUUUACUCAGAAUGGUACCAAAAAAUAAAAACAUCCAGUGAGUAGCAGUUCUGUGGAUGGAAAUGCCUUGUUGAUGAGAGGUGUCAAUGGAGACUGGCCAGACUGGUUUGAGCUGACAGAAAGGCUACAGUAACUCAGAUAACCACUCUGUACAAUUGUAGUGAGCAGAAUAGCAUCUCAGAAUGCACAACAUGUUGAACCUUGAGGUUGAUGGGCUACAACAGUAGACAACAAUUUUUGGCACUUAUUUAGGACCAUAGUGUUCCUAAUAAUGUUCUUAGUGAGCAUACUUCGAAACAGUAUAUAUUUGAAUGUUUUUGCACUGGCCCCAUUCACUUCCAUUGUAAUUGUCUUACUGUAACCAUACCUUUUUCUUUUCUUUUAAAUAAACAAGGGAUGAGUCUAAUUGUUUUUUGUGUUAAUCUAAAUUAUUCAACAAAUGCUGUCGAUUGUGCUUAACAUGUAUUGGACUAUGGAAACAUUGUAAGACCCUCCUCUCCAGGUACUCAGUGGGGGCUCUUUUGCAGUUAUCUUGCAGAAGACAUAGUGUACCAUUUCCAUUCAUAUCUCAGGAAACCACUUAAAGAUAAGCCAGAACCUCUCCACCUCCAUGUGUGGAAUGGGGUGCACAUAUUCCACAAUUUAGCCUUGUUCAAUGCUUUUCUCGUAAUUUAAGGGCAUGCUUGUAUUGUUGAAGCAAACCCGAUUUAUUUGUUUGGUUAUGGGUCAGAUCUUCAAUUAGGGAGAAAAAAACAAAACAUGUGAAGGCUCUAAAGCUGUUAUUGAAAUAUAUUUACUGUAUGCUAUUGCAGAGGUAGCAUUUUGCUGCUAUUCUGGCUAAAGACUGUUGGAUUAAGGCUGGACUGUUUAUGCUGUCAUUGAUGUUUAAAGGCUUUAAAUGGAUUUAUACCCAGUGUCAAAGUCCAGUUUGAAUGUACCUCAGCAUAUACAGCAUGCUUUAGCCUUUUGUGGCUACAGGACCUAAGGUUUAGCAUCCAGCAUUCAGCACUUACUUAACUGUUUUAUUCAAUGAUAGCUAUAGCUUAAGUAUCUGUGAUUUACAAGACUUUUUUGAUCAACUCAAAGCCAGUUUUCCAUAAGCUAUGUGGUGCAUUUGCUACAGAAACCUCUUUGCUUACCUUUCUUGGGGUGAUAUUCCUGACGUAUCUGUAGAUUUCAUGUAAAAUAUUAUAUGGAAAUGAAAAUAAUAUGGAAUUAAGUGUCUUGAUUACUUUGGUGUAACUGCAUGUUCUUAUUAUUGUAUACUCUUGUUAAAAAGAGCAGAAUUGCCAAAUUUCAAUGCAUUGAUGCCUUAUAACAGGAGUUUCACUAAAAGACUGUAUUUAGCUUGUAACUCACUGUUAUCCUCACACUUGUACAAACUGAGAAGAAAAGAUGCUAACAUCAAAUAUUGCAAAAACAAAUAGAAAUAAGAAUGAAUGUUUUGUCCUAGUGUACUGUAAAGGCUCAUUCGUAUUAAACCAUGUUUGAUACUGUCCUGUGACAAUGUUAAAAUAAAGCUUGAA